AUGGCGUCUCUACCUCAAAUCCUCAAGGUUCCCUCGCUCGAUAGCAGCCUCGGCGCGGUGCUUCUCGGGGUGAUCUUUGGCUCCAUGUUGUAUGGAUUGACGGUGCAUCAGACGUAUAGAUACUUUAAGCUCUACCCCAAGGAUAGGCUAUUCCUGAAGGCCCUAGUACUGACAAUCCUAGUAUUCGAGACGCUGCAUACUGCAGUGUGGAUCGUUGUCAUCUAUCAUUAUGCCAUCACGGAUGCCUUCAACCUGAUUGACAUCCUUCGCGGUCACUGGUCUGUACGGUUUACUUUCCUGAUAACUGGCCUCGCCGUCUUCGCAUGCCAAGUCUUUUACGUGCGCCGUGUAUUCCUCAUCGGUCCUCACUAUCGUUGGCUUGUUGUCCCUGCGGACUCAAUUCAGGUUAUAUCAAUGUUUGGAGGGCUGAGCUUUGCGGUCGCUGCAGGGAUCGAAGCCUUCUUGACUGCGCCUUUCGUUGUCGACCUGCAGCACAUCAGCUGGCUUGUGUCCAUAGCCUACGGAUUCGCGGUGGCGACGGACGUCAUCCUGACAAGCGCGCUCGUAUUCGUUCUCCGUAAGUCUCGCACUGGCUCAAAGAGCGUCAUCGGUAUCAUGGCCUUCAUCUUCGCCAUCGUUAUCCCAGGAAACCUCAUCUAUGCCGCGGUCAGCAUCGUGGGCGCUAAGCUGUACGCAAAUUCGGUGCUAGCUGUCUUGAACUCUCGACGCUCGAUCGACAACCGGUUCCUGGACGACUUCACAUCCUUCAGUCUUGAGGCCCUUGCGACUAGUGUACCCUCCAGGCAACCGCCGCAGACAUGCAGAAUGGACCUCGAGUCUAUGGUGUACAACGUCCCUGAGGGCGUGGGCAGCUACCGCCCCGAAAACAGCCUCCGCAUGGACCCCGGGCUCAGGAACUCGCUGCUGCUGCAUCUGCAGACGCGCUACGAGUACCGCGACGGUGACUUCGAGUGCGACACGCGCACCAGCAACUGGGUCGAGUGCGAAGGUCCUGAAAAGUGGGAGCAGAAGGCCGCGUCCAGCGGGGCGUACUCGAGACGCACCAGCACGGAGGCCGACCGCCGCUCUAUGUGA